CAGUGGGAGGGGGCAGGAUGGGAGGGAAAGUAAAGAAAACAGAAAAAGGAGAGAGUGACAGAGGCACCGAGGACUUUUCACAGGGACAGAGAACAGCCAGGCAUGGAGCGCCCCUUCAUCUCCCACCUGUUCUUGCCCCUGAUGUUCCUGACAGGUCUCUGCUCUCCCUUUAACCUGGACGCGCAUCACCCACGCCUAUUCCCAGGGCCACCCGAGGCUGAAUUUGGAUACAGUGUCUUACAACAUGUUGGGGGUGGACAGCGAUGGAUGCUGGUGGGUGCCCCCUGGGAUGGGCCUUCAGGCGACAGAAGGGGAGACGUUUACCGAUGCCCCGUAGGGGGCUCCCACAAUGCCCCAUGUGCCAAGGGCCACUUGGGUGACUAUCCACUAGGCAAUUCAUCUCGUCCUGCUGUGAAUAUGCACUUGGGGAUGUCUCUACUAGAGACAGAUGGUGAUGGAGGAUUCAUGGCCUGUGCCCCUCUCUGGUCUCGGGCUUGCGGCUCCUCUGUCUUCAGUUCUGGGAUAUGUGCCCGUGUUGAUGCUUCGUUCCGGCCCCAGGGAAGCCUGGCACCCACUGCGCAACGCUGCCCCACAUACAUGGAUGUUGUCAUCGUCUUGGACGGCUCCAACAGCAUCUACCCCUGGUCUGAAGUUCAGACUUUCCUGCGAAGACUCGUGAGCAGACUGUUUAUUGACCCGGAGCAGAUACAGGUGGGACUGGUGCAGUACGGCGAGAGCCCUGUACAUGAGUGGUCCCUGGGAGAUUUCCGAACCAAGGAAGAAGUGGUGAGAGCAGCAAGGAACCUGAGUCGGCGAGAGGGACGAGAAACGAAGACUGCCCAAGCAAUAAUGGUGGCCUGCACAGAAGGAUUCAGUCAGUCCCAUGGGGGCCGACCAGAGGCUGCCAGGCUACUGGUGGUGGUCACUGAUGGAGAAUCACAUGAUGGAGAAGAGCUUCCCACAGCGCUAAAGGCCUGUGAGGCUGGAAGAGUGACACGCUAUGGGAUUGCUGUCCUCGGUCACUACCUCCGGAGACAGCGAGAUCCCAGCUCUUUCCUGCGGGAAAUCAGAGCAAUCGCCAGUGAUCCAGACGAGAGAUUCUUCUUCAAUGUCACAGACGAAGCUGCACUGACUGACAUUGUGGACGCACUCGGAGACCGGAUUUUUGGCCUUGAGGGAUCCCAUGGAGAAAAUGAAAGCUCCUUUGGGCUGGAAAUGUCUCAGAUUGGUUUCUCUACUCAUCGGCUAAAGGAUGGGAUUCUCUUUGGGAUGGUGGGGGCCUAUGACUGGGGGGGCUCAGUGUUAUGGCUUGAAGAUGGUCACCGCCUUUUCCCCCCACGCACGGCCCUGGAAGAUGAGUUCCCCCCUGCACUGCAGAACCACGCAGCCUACCUGGGUUACUCUGUUUCCUCCAUGAUUUUGCGGAGUGGACAACGCCUCUUUCUUUCCGGGGCUCCUCGGUUUAGACAUCGAGGAAAGGUCAUUGCCUUCCAGCUUAAGAAAAAUGGGGCUGUGAGGGUCUCCCAGAGCCUCCAGGGGGAGCAGAUUGGCUCAUACUUUGGCAGUGAACUCUGCCCAUUGGAUACGGAUGGGGAUGGAACAACUGAUGUCUUACUUGUGGCUGCCCCCAUGUUCCUGGGACCUCAGAACAAGGAGACAGGACGUGUUUAUGUGUACCUGGUGGGCCAGCAGUCCUUGCUGACGCUCCAGGGAACGCUUCAGCCAGAACCCCCUCAGGAUGCUCGGUUUGGCUUUGCCAUGGGUGCCCUUCCUGAUCUGAACCAAGAUGGUUUUGCUGAUGUGGCUGUGGGGGCGCCCCUGGAGGAUGGGCACCGUGGGGCACUGUACCUGUAUCACGGGACCCAGCAUGGCGUCAGGCCCCGUCCUGCCCAGCGGAUUGCUGCUAUCUCCAUGCCACAGGCCCUCAGUUACUUUGGUCGGAGUGUGGAUGGCCGGCUAGAUCUGGAUGGAGACGACCUGGUGGAUGUGGCUGUGGGUGCCCAAGGGGCAGCCAUCCUGCUCAGCUCCCGGCCCAUUGUCCACCUGGCGCCUUCACUGGAUGUGACCCCGCCGGCCAUCAGUGUGGUUCAAAGGGACUGCAGGCGCCGAGGCCAGGACGCAGCCUGCUUUUCGGCAGCCCUUUGCUUCCAAGUGACGUCCCGCACUCCUGGCCGCUGGGAUCGCCGCUUCUAUAUGCGGUUCACAGCGUCACUGGAUGAGUGGACCGCUGGGGCCCGUGCAGCGUUUGAUGGCUCUGGCCAGAGGCUGUCCCCUCGGCGGCUCCGGCUCAGUGUGGGGAAUGUCACUUGUGAGCAGCUGUAUUUCCAUGUGCUGGAUACAUCGGAUUACCUUCGGCCGGUGGCCUUGACUGUGACCUUCGUUUUGGACAACACCACAAAGCCAGGACCUGUGCUGGACGAGGGCUCGCCCACCUCCAUACGAAAGCUGGUCCCCUUCUCGAAGGACUGUGGCCCUGACAAUGAAUGCAUCACAGACCUGGUGCUUCGAGCUAAUAUGGACAUCAGAGGCUCCAGGAAGGACCCGUUCCUGGUUCGAGGCGGUCGUCGGAAAGUGCUGGUAUCAGCAACUCUGGAGAACAGGAAGGAAAAUGCCUACAACACUAGCCUGAGUCUCAGCUUCUCUAGAAACCUCCAUCUGGCCAGUUUCACGCCUCAGAGGGACAGGCCGGUGAAGGUGGAAUGUGCAGCCCCUUCUUCUCAUGGCCGGCUCUGCAGUGUGGGGCAUCCUGUCUUUCAGACCGGAGCCAAGGUGACCUUUCUGCUAGAGUUUGAGUUUAGCUGCUCUUCCCUCCUGAGCCAGGUCCUUGUGAGGCUGACUGCUACCAGCAAUAGUCUGGAGAGCAAUGGGACCCUGCAAGACAAUACAGCCCAGACCUCGGCCUACAUCCAGUACGAGCCUCACCUCCUCUUCUCUAGUGAAUCCACUCUUCACCGCUAUGAGGUUCACCCUUAUGGGACCCUCCCCGUGGGUCCUGGCCCUGAAUUCAAAACCACGCUUAGGGUUCAGAACCUUGGCUGCUAUGUGGUCAGUGGCCUCAUCAUCUCGGCCUUCCUUCCAGCUGUGGCCCGUGGGGGCAGUUACUUCCUGUCACUGUCUCAGGUCAUCACUACCAAUGCAAGCUGCACAGUGCAGAACCUGACUGAGCCCCCAGGGCCCCCAGUACAUCCAGAGGAACUUCAGCACACAAGCAGACUGAAUGGGAGCAAUACUCGGUGUCAGGUCGUGAGGUGCCACCUCGGGCGGCUCGCAAAGGGGUCCGAGGCCUCUGUUGGACUACUGAGGCUGGUUCACAAUGAAUUUUUCCGGAGGGCCAAAUUCAAGUCUCUGACGGUGGUCAGCACCUUUGAGCUGGGAACGGAGGCGGGCAGCGUCCUGCAGCUGACAGAAGCUUCCCGUUGGAGCGAGAGCCUCCUGGAGGUGAUUCAGUCUCGCCCUCUCCUCCUCUCCCUGUGGAUCCUCAUCGGUAGUGUCCUGGGAGGGCUGCUGCUGCUGGCUCUCCUUGUCUUCUGCCUUUGGAAGCUUGGCUUCUUUGCCCGUAAGAAGAUCCCCGAGGAAGAAAAAAGAGAUGAAAAAUUGGAGCAAUGAAUGUAGAAUGAAGCCCUCGAAAGUCCUCCCUGGCAGCUUCUGCAGAAGACUUGCAUAAGAGCGGAGGCUUAGUGGCUCACAUGGGACAAGGAGAAGCCUCUGGACUCUUCUCCCCGGACCUGCAACCUGACUUGACUUUUGAGUCAUGAGGACGCUGUUGGCAAGAGAUGAGGCCUUACCUCAGACACGAAGGGCUGGCACCCACCCAGGAACACUCCCACCUUCUGCUUUCCUCCUCAUGAUGCUGGUUCCACAGCCAACACUGGGGGGCCCCUUUUGCCCUAUCCCCAGGAACCAAGAAACUUUUGCCUACGUCCCUGACUCCUUUCAGAUUCCCUCUACAUCCUCCCUGACCAUUUGGCAAGAAUGAGGGCUAUCUUCCUCCAUUGCCUGCCUCUCACCUUCCAGCCUGCUCCCCACUCCACAGGAGGGAGCUGAGGUUGGCUUGAAAGAAGUAAAGUCAACAUCUGCUGCUUUCCUGUGGAGUCUGGUGAUUCAGAGAGCCGGAUGGGGAGAGUCAACAGGAAAAAAGGAGGGAGGAGGAAAAGCCACAAGAGACACUCUGUACAAUUCCAAGGAACAGAGAAGCCUUUAGACAGGCAACUGCCAUCCCCCUGAAACCUGAGACUUCGUGGUGCAGUCGCCCGCCCUCAGGUGCUAGUGAAACAGCUUCCCCAGGCCGGCUGGGUAUGGCUUUCCCCACUCACACCCUUCCCCGGGAGCAAAGCCAGAGGCGCCGGGUGCCCGAUUCCCUGGAGCCAGGGGCCCCCACGUGGCUAGAACUGGAAUAGCAGAGAAGACUUGCUACCCCAGGCAGUGUUUUCUCCUCUCAGGCUGCACACACUUUGGAGCCCUCCUUGGGGCUUCCCUACAGAAACAACAAAGAAGGAAGACGAUUGCUGCUUGGUGGUGGGAAACCCUUUCCCCUUACCAGCUCUGGGAAGCAGCAGCCCCAAGGGGUCUGAACAAGUGGGGUCUGCAUUAAGGAGGAAGCCAAAGUAGGUGGCAGGAGGUCUCUGGGGAGCGAGCCUUUCCUUGCUCAGCACUGGUUGUGCAGCACAAAUAGCUCCUAGGAGAAUGUUCCUGGGGCAACUCCAGUCCUACCUGGUGAAAUCAGCUUGUCAGCCCCUGCCUGAUGUUUACCAGCAAUUCUCAAGUGAAUGUCUAUCUCUGGACCCCCCCCAACCCCCUUCCCAUUUUUUGGUCAUGGCCAGUAAAGAGAAUUUGAUUUCUCAUUGACAACUGGGUAACAUAUUUCUUUGGAUACCAAAGCCGGUUGUGGGUCUCCAGAGUGCAGCUCUGACAGCCAUUGGGAAAAUCAGCACCCAGUUAGAGCUGAGAAGAGACCUGAUCGGGCACUUGGCUGGCAGCCACAGAACCUGUCCUCCAGGGGCAUUCUUGAGGCCUGGCCACAAUAUUUAUUUUGGCAUGUCUCUGGCCUUUUGCAGAGGGCAUUGUCUCUACUUCCCAGCAGGGUGGACGGCAUAUCAGAAGGCCAGAGCAAAUAAAGUUCAGUGUCAAAUGA